AUGUCGUCGGCCGCCGGAUACAGCAGCCUGCCGCCGUACAACCGCGCCAAAUCGAGCAUCCACUCGCUCUACGCCGUCCGCCGCCCGUGGCGCGAGCUCCUGGCCCGCCCUUCGUCUUAUUCGGUGCCCCACGGCCUCGGCGACUUCGCCUCCCGCUUCCGGCUCAACCUCGCUCAUUUCCGGGUCAACUACGCCAUGGCCGUGCUCGUCGUCCUUUUCCUGAGCCUGCUUUACCACCCGAUCUCGAUCAUGGUGUUCCUCGUGGCCGCCGCAAGCAAAAACAGAGCAGCCAAGAAAUGCAGCAGCACAAAACUUACCUAA